UCCCGGGUGAGUCCCGACAUCUCCUAUGUUCCGUUUUCCUCCUCUCGCAAGCAAACUCUGAAAAGAGAAGCAUAACUCUUUUCAUUCCAACUCAGUGGUUUCACUCGAUCUACUCACCAAUGGACGCACAAGACGGAAAUCAGCAGUCGCAGCAACUCAUACUCGGCCAUAACGUUUUCCUCCUCAAGCACCCAGAUGUACCUGACAUAGAGAAGGUCCGCCUCAAGGACGAGGUCCUCAACGCGGUAAAAUCCAACGAAAUGACUCCAUAUUACGAAACCCUAGUUGCUGAUAAAGUGGUGGAGCUGGAUCAGAGCGUUUUGGACUCGAUGCAUACCAAGAAUGAAGACGAGAUUAAGAAGAUCGACGAGAAGAUUGCUGAUGCUGAAGAAAACUUGGGCGAAAGUGAAGUUCGAGAAGCUCAUUUAGCUAAAUCCUUAUAUUACAUUCGGAUUGGUGAAAAGGAAAAAACGCUGGAGCAAUUAAAGCUGACGGAAACCAAGACGGUUGCUGUUGGGCAAAAGAUGGACUUGGUGUUCUAUACAUUGCAGAUUGGUUUUUUCUACAUGGAUUUUGAUCUUAUUUCCAAAAGCAUUGAUAAAGCGAAGAAUUUAUUUGAAGAAGGCGGUGACUGGGAGAGAAAGAACCGUUUGAAGGUAUACGAAGGCUUAUAUUGCAUGGCCACUCGGAAUUUCAAGAAGGCGACCAAUCUAUUUUUGGAUUCCAUUUCAACCUUCACUACUUACGAGCUUUUCUCUUAUGAGACAUUCAUAUUUUACACUGUGCUUACCAGCAUCAUAUCGUUGGAUAGAGUUUCCCUUAAACAAAAGGUUGUUGAUGCUCCUGAGAUCUUGACUGUUAUUGGAAAAAUACCGCAUCUUUCGGAAUUCUUAAAUUCUCUUUAUGAUUGUCAGUACAAAUCAUUCUUCUUAGCAUUCGCUGGCUUGACGGAGCAGAUAAAACUGGACCGUUAUUUGCACCCACAUUUUCGGUUUUACAUGAAGGAGGUCAGAACUGUUGUUUAUUCUCAAUUUCUCGAAUCCUACAAGAGUGUUACCAUUGAAGCCAUGGCAAAGGCUUUCAGAGUGUCGGUUGAAUUCAUUGAUCUGGAGCUAUCGCGGUUUAUUGCAGCGGGGAAGCUUCACUGCAAGAUCGACAAGGUUGCCGGUGUUCUCGAAACUAAUCGCCCCGAUGCGAAGAAUGCGCUCUACCAGGCAACCAUCAAACAAGGAGACUUCUUAUUGAAUCGCAUCCAGAAGUUAUCUCGCGUAAUCGAUCUGUGAAUCAGUUUAGCAUGCCCUAUGAAUUAGAAACGGAUGACAGAAUUGUCAAGUUUCAAAGGAACAUGGGAACAUACAUUUAUACUUUUGAAUGUUUUCUCGUAUCAUGGUUUUUGAUACACUUUCAUUUCUUUCCUCUUUAGGCCAAUGGAUGUUAUGCUACUGAAGUUUCCAAAGUUUCAAAAUUGG